AUGCAGGUCGCGGAUCGUGGCCAAAGCGCUGGACAUGAGGGGUACAGCUUGAGGCCCUUGCUGAGUGCCAUGGAGGCGCAAAAGGUGGAGCCCAAUGAGGUGACCUUGACCUCCAUCUUGAGCGCUUGUGAGCGCACGCAUCGCUGGGCCGAAGCCUUGGCAGCCCUCAGUGGCAGCGCGGGGCUCCGCGCAGCUAAGCCUCAGCCGUUCCUGGCGGCAGUACACUGGAAUGCCGCGCUGGGCGCAUGUGCGGCGGGGAGCGCGUGGAAGCAGGGGUUGAGCAUUUUUGCAGAGAUGUUGUCAUCUGGAAUAGCCGAUGCAGCCAGUAUGGCCAACAUCCUGAAAGCCUUCAACAAGGCUUCUCACUGGCAAGAGGCAUUUUGGUGCCUCUUUGAAGUACCAACAGCCUUCAAGCUUGACACUUCUUGGCAUCACUAUGUCACCGUGGCGGAAUCUGGUGGCCUCCAGAGCGAAUGGCAACAAGCCUUGGACCUCUUGUUCCAUUCACCCGGUGCCAGCCAGAUCCCCGAGUCCUACCGGAUCAGUGCUGCAAUCAGUGUGUGUAAGGACGCCAUAGCGUUCAGAGGUGGAGCUGGAGCUCCACACUGGCAAUACGCCGUGGCGCUCUUCGCCUCCUCUGGCGCAGAAGCGCAUGUGGCGAACGCGCUCAUCAGCGUCUACCAGAAGGUAGCCCUUUGGGAAGCGGCGCUGGGGAUCUUUGCACAGACCCAACAGAGCCAGGUCGACUGGAUGACCACUCUCCUAGCCCUUUGUGCUGGAACCCGCUCUUUAGCGAAGCGCUUCUACUUGGAAAGUCCUGUGCGCGUGCACAUGCGCAGGGAUCCGCAAAUGCGAAACUUGUACACCAUCGACCUGCACGAACUGCCGGUGGAGGUUGCACUGCUGGCGGUGGAAGUGACUUUAGAUGAGCUAGAGCAGCUACAGGAGGAAGACGACACGAUCCUGCAUAUCAUCACUGGCCACGGCGAACACCGCAGUGGCCUGUCGGUGGUGCGGACGGCGGUGUUGUCCUUGCUGCGGGCGGUGCCCUUCGUGAUGGUUGAGAUGGACGAGUCCAAUCCGGGCCUGCUGAGAUGCAUCGUCCCAAAAGAGAGUCGCGGGUUUAGGGUUUAG